GGACACAAAGGUGUUGUAGGACCGCUCGGGCCUCCUGGGCCAAAAGGAGAGAAGGGGGAACAGGGUGAGGACGGCAAGGCCGAGGGGCCCCCGGGGCCCCCUGGAGAUCGGGGACCUGUGGGUGAUCGUGGAGAGCGUGGGGAGCCCGGGGACCCUGGAUACCCUGGACAAGAGGGUGUUCAAGGCCUCCGAGGAAAGCCAGGCCAGCAGGGCCAACCCGGGCAUCCGGGACCCCGGGGGAGGCCGGGACCCAAAGGAUCAAAAGGCGAAGAGGGUCCAACUGGAAAGCCAGGCAAGGCUGGGGCUCCAGGCCGGAGGGGGAUGCAGGGGCCACCGGGACUGCCUGGACCCCGGGGUGUGGUAGGGAGACAGGGCCCUGAGGGCAUCGCUGGACCAGAUGGACUUCCUGGCAGGGAUGGCCAUGCAGGACAGCAGGGAGAGCAAGGAGAUGAUGGGGACCCUGGCCCCCUGGGUCCUGCUGGGAGGAGAGGAAACCCAGGAGUCGCUGGCUUGCCUGGCGCACAGGGGCCCCCAGGAUUCAAG